UGUUCUAUAUUGGAGGAUGUUGUAAUAUCGAGACUCGUACAAAUCUGAAGCAAUGCAAAAGUUUACUGUUUAGACAUAUUUUAUCCGGGUAAGUAUACCAACCGAUAUCCCUUUAAUGGACAUGUAUAUUGAAACAAUAUAUCAGGAUUUGAACUUUGAGUAAGACUAAUAAUUAAUAAAAUCUAUGUUGGAAUUAAAAGCUGUUAAAUAUAUUUUUUUCAGAUGUAUUUGUCAACCUAAUCGGGUAGAAAACUGUAUCUUAUUUUUUAAUACGGGACGGAAGGUCAAAAACAGCAAAAAGUUUCCAACGAGGUUAACGCGCAACUGUUCCCUGGAUGACAAUGAUUUGUGAUAAAAAGCAAACUUGAGGAAGGCUGAUAAUUUUAUUCAAUGGAGGAAAAAUGUGAGUCCCACUGUUCGGACACAUUGCGUUUAACAGUAUGUCUUUAAGAUGUAUAACAUGAAUAUUUAUCAGUGACUGUUACUAGUACAUUAUGAACUAUAACAGUUCUUAUGAUUUCCAUGGAGGAAGUUGGAAUUGUCAUCCUAUAAAUGGAGUAACAGUGUCUUUAACAGAAUGUAAAAACAGGAUACAUAUGGUGGAUAAUAAAAUAUGGACCCCAGACGUUAUUCAACGAGUAGUGUCUUUAAUUGUUAUAAUGAUUGUCACGAUCAUAGGAAAUACUGCGAUCAUUUUUGUACUUUCUUGCACGAGAUACAGAAAGAAAAACAGUCGAGUAAAUAUGUUCAUUAUUAAUCUUGCCGUUGGAGAUUUAACUGUUUGUUUUGUAACUAUGACAACCGAGAUUCUUUUUGUAGCAUUUGGUGAAUGGGUACUCGGUAAUGCUGCGUGUAAGAUACUGACUUAUCUACAAAUUGUAACCUUGGCUAGCACAACAUUCAUUUUGACCUCCAUGAGUAUUGACAGGUAUUGUACAUUGUGUCGACCAUUCCAGUUUCACCAACCGUCGUCUGCUUUACGAGCCAAACGAAUGUGUUUAACAUCUUGGUUUCUUGCUUUUAUAUUUGCCUCUCCGCAAUUGCUCAUAUUUGUACAGACAAAGGAACAGGUUUUUGAUAACGGACACGUACAAUAUGGAUGUAAAAGUCAAGGUUAUACAGCGCCUUGGCAACGAAAGGUUUAUUUUACCUUUUUGACCUCAUAUAUUUUGAUAAUUCCUGUCAUCAUUAUGUCAUAUUGUUACAUCAGCGUUGUUUUGUGUGUUUGGCGUCAAGGUAAACCAUUUAGAAAUCAGAGUGGAAAAUUCUGUCAGAAUGCUUCCGCAAAGAACACAAUAUCGACGGCAAAAGUAAAAACCAUUAAGAUGACUCUGGCAAUUAUUAUAACAUUCAUCGCAUGCUGGACACCGUAUUUUGUAACAACGCUCAUUAAAAUCUACAGCGACUAUACAUUCAAAAUACCAUCAUCAGUUAUGGUGUUUGCUGAAACAGCGGCCUUAUUGCAGAGUGCGUUCAAUCCAAUUCUAUACGGGUGUUUCAAUAUUAAAGUAAAACAUAUAAUGACUGACCACUGCUGUCCAGGAAAAAUAUACAAAGUGAAAACUGGACGCGCAUAUAAUGUAGGUGCAUCUGGAACAAUCGUUGUAACGGGCAAGAUAAACUAUUAUCUUCGCCAUGAUUCGAAAGAAGGUAGUAGUUCCGGUGGAAGCAGUAGGGGAUAUGUUUUUAAAGAAAACGACGAAAAAUGUUUCAAACUAAAAGUUCGUUUUAUCUCCAAAGGCUCAAUUAAUCAGGAUAGCAGCGAAGCAGGACUCAAUUAAUUUGUAAGUCAUUGCCAUCAUUGAAUGAAUAAAUAAACAUACAUAUUUUUUUCUCGUUUUGAUAUUCACCACAACUUAUUGUUUUACAGUACAUACUAAUUCCCUAUCCUCGUGCAUUAGUAUAAUUAUUUGAUUUCCUCCCCCUUACAU